UUCCUGCCAUUUGUUUUAUUUGGGCUUCGUGCUUUCUGUUUCCGAGGAGAAAGAAGAGAGAUCACUGCGAAACAGAAAAAGGAAAACUUAUUGUGGCCGUACGAUUACUCCUCAUCAACGGCUUUGAUUUGCUUGUUCUCUUAGAUCCCUCCUUCCUUCAUCGUUCAUCUCACCUCCUUUGGUCUAGGUCUCUUUAAUUGAGCAAUAUUACAAUGGGAAAACUACGCCAAUGGUAGAAUAGCUCGGUUGCGUCUACUUGGCUAUCAAAACCUCAUAUAACUUGCCUCAACUGAUAGAUCAUCUGCUUUUGCUUUCACAAGGCCGUCGAGAUAUUGAAAUGCAGUCACCUCCUGAAAAAGCUUUUGUUAUGUUGAAAAGGGAAGCAACUGACUUGGCUGGGUCAAGUUUUACAAGUCACGUGGAUAGUACUUUCCAAGAUGCUGUAAAUGCUGCUGCUUCUUCUGCUUCAUCAUCCUCUUCAGAUGAUGACUCUCAGGUGACACAAAAUGAAGACGACCUUUAUAAUGGGAAUACUUCUAAACAGUUGGUGCUUUAUGAUCCUGCUGUUAGUAGUACUGUUGGUUGUACGCCUCCUGGACCCAUUCAGUGCCGACCUCCUGUAGGUCCAAGAUUUUCUUCAUCAAAACUAUUGCCAUCAGUUGGGGCUUUCACUGUCCAGUGUGCCAAUUGUUUUAAAUGGAGGCUUAUACCAACAAAGGAAAAGUAUGAAGAAAUAAGAGAACAUAUUCUAGAAAAUCCUUUUGUUUGUGAAACAGCUCGUGAAUGGAGGCCUGAUAUCUCAUGUGAUGAUCCAACGGAUAUCUCUCAAGAUGGCAGCCGCCUUUGGGCAAUUGACAAACCAAACAUUGCUCAGCCUCCUCCAGGCUGGCAAAGGCUUCUACGAAUAAGAGGUGAAGGAAGUACCAAAUUUGCAGACAUCUACUAUCAAGCACCAACAGGAAAGAGACUGCGGUCAAUGGUGGAGGUGCAAAAGUACUUGAUUGAGCAUCCUGAGUAUGCAACAGAAGGGGUAAACUUGUCUCGAUUUUCAUUUCAGAUUCCCAAGCCUUUACAGGAAGACUAUGUGAGAAAGCGCCCUGCCCGUCAGACAGCCUCACAUGAUAAUGAAGUGAAUCCGCUAGCUUGGGCUGGUCCCGAAGACACAGAGGUGCAGCAGGGGCGGCUAGCACUUCCACCUCCUAGUGUUGAGGCAUCAGUUUCUGAUUCACCAUAUCGGCCAGCAAAGCAUGCAAGGAGAACCCCAUCAGAACAUAUGUACCCAAGUAAUCAAGUGCCUAAUAAGCAUGGUAGCAAGGUAGAAAUGGGCAGUGAGUUAAGAAAUACCAAUUAUGGCGACUGAGACUCGGUGGAUGAAAUUGUUUCUUUUUCUCUAUGUUUUGUUCCCUUUUUUGUGUAAUUUUUUUGGCUCUAGAACGCUAAACAGAAGUCAGAAAGGUUGGAUGGUAGCUUUCGUUUUGCAAGGAGGAACGGAAUCUAGAGCAUGUUUGACGGGAAAUAUGUAUUUAAAAAUUAUUAUCAUUAUUAUUAUGACAUUGUAUUUUGUAUCAGAUGUAAGAGGAACUAAACGUAAAACUACACAUGUAUGAAGUCGCCUUCAAACAUUUUAAUCA